AUGGCGAUGAACACCCAAAGCGAAGUACCCACAGCUAGUGUUACACUCCAGAAUGCGUCGAGGACCUCAUACGUCGAUAUGGCAAAAUCCCCCAGUAAACUUGUUUUCGAACAAGCGAUUAUACUGGAAAGAAGUGCAAACGCAACCCACGAAGAUUACAUAAUGGCGCUCACUGAAAUUGUUCCUAUCCCGAAAAUGCUCAAUACAGACGUGAUAUAUGGUGGCCGAAUCAUUGUUUGGUUGGACAGUCAGAGAACAGUGGACGAACUCGUGAAUUCCAAGAAAUACAUCGUAGUAGCGGGGCAGAGAAUUUACAUACGGCCCUACGUCACCAGGAACAAGAGAGUCCUAUUCAGCCACGUGUUUCCACAGGUCGAGGACAGUUUCCUGGAAAAGGUGUUAUCCAAUGAGGGGAUUAAACUGACAACUCCCAUCACAAAACUGAGGGCUGGCUUCAAAAAUAAAAGUAUUACCCAUCUCAUGUACCAGAAGCGACAAACUUACAUUGCUUCUGAGGAUGUUCACAAACUACCCGAACGUAUCGAAGCUACCAUUUUAGAUUACGAAGGACUCUCGGCUAUUGGUAAAUAUGAUGAAUUCGUUAGCCACGUAUCUGAGGCCAUACAGUACAUCACCAUGUCAGGCUCCGAAACAGUAAUUGAACAAGGAUUGCAGGACAGUAAGGAGGAAAUUAAUCCAUCCACGAGCGCAGUAAACUCACCACCUGGAAUUCCGAAGGUCAUCAUCAAUGCCCCUGAUGGAGAUACACUCAAUCAAGGGGACAAAUUAAUUUCGGAGGUCAAGCAGAGGUACUCCGAGAUUAUUCAAGUUCCAGAGGAUGGUCUCACAGUGCAUCAACUCAUCCAACUGAGGCAGAUACAGCUCAGGGUGGACAGUAUUACGGAGGUUUAUCAGGAACUCACCAAGGUCAUCAUGACCGACGAGGAUGUCACCUCCGAGGAUUUGGACGGCCACGAUAGGAUCCUGGAUUCCGAAUGGGCAGAAUUACUCACCAUCCAGGGGAGCCUGAUCGAGUCCAUUCCACACGAUCACCCGUAUCUCGCGAACGGGGUAUUCGAGCAGGCAGCCACCACCAGGAAGCAAUGCGUCAGGCUCAUCAGCAGGUUGAGAGGUCAACUAGCUAAGAAAGCUCAGUCACCCAGUACACCACCGAGUCCUCAACAUCACGAUCAGCUGAAGAGACUGGACAUCAAGCCUUUUGAUGGCAAUCCUUCACAGUGGAAGGAGUUCAGUGACCUCUUCACUUCACUGGUGGGCAGCAAAUCUACAAUUCCCCCAGUGGAGAAAUUGGUGAGGCUGAAGAGCAGCCUCAGAGGACCAGCAGCAGCUCUGAUCUCUACGAUACCCAUCAGCGAUCAGAAUUAUGAGAACGCAUGGAGAAAGCUCCAAAAGAAGUACGAUGAUCCCAGACUUUUGGCACAGUACUUAUUUAAUCGAGUCCUGGAGUUGCCAAAAAUCACCAAACCCACGGAACAGAAUCUCACCGACAACGUGGCAGCAGUGGUCGAGUCGCUGGACCAGCUCAGAACAGUGGCCGGCCUUUCAGAAGCGAACCUAACUGAACAGCUGUUCGCUCACCUCCUGAGGAAGUCCUUGGACGCAGAGACUCUCAGACAAUGGGAGUUGAAAUUGGGAGACGCCAAGGAUUUCCCCAGUCUCACAGAGUUCGUCGUAUUCGUGGAGUCCUGUGCCAGGGGUAUCAACGCAGGGUCCAAACUCCACUCCAGACAGCAGAUCACCGCUCCCAGCAAACCACCUAUUAAGAAGAAAGGAGCUUACGCAGCAACUCAACAAGUGGAGGACAGCGCUCAGCAGAACAGUCACCAAAGGAAAGAGUGUUCCAUGUGCAAAGGGAACCACUUUGUUGACAAGUGUCAGCAAUUCAAGGAGCUGGACCCAGUAAAGAGAAACGGCCUGGCCAUCGACAAGAAACUAUGCUUCAGGUGCCUGGGCACGCACAAAAAAGACAGGUGCAGCUCAGAUGAACAAUGCCACAAGUGCAAAGGAUCUCACCACACUCUGAUCCACGGAGGCAGCAGGUACACAGGAUGGGCUCCUCCACGUCGUGACUCGGAAGCUGCAGGGUUCUCUGGAACUGCCAACAGACCUGCAGAAGAGAGGAUCGACGAGGACCAGACUAAGCCCAGUACAUCAACAGCAGCAGUUAACCUCAACAAUCAGAUGACCAAUGGGAACCAGCAGUCAAAUCAACCUUCAGAAGAUCAACAAUCGGUGCUGUUGGCGACAGCCCGAGUUACAGUGAAAUCACCACGAGGAUUCUCCACCAGAGCCAGAGUCCUCAUCGAUCAGGAAUCAGAGGUGUCAUUCAUCUCAGAAAAACUAGUAAAUCAACUGCACUUGUCCAGGAAAUCAACAACGUUGGAAUCAAUCGGAAUUGGAGGAGUUAAUUCCGGCAGCAUGAGAGGAUUGGUAUCAGUUACACUUCAGGCAAUCAACGGAAAUCAACAGCUAGCAGAUCAGCAGUAUCUCAAGCCCGGACCAAUCGAUAUCAUCAUAGUGGCUGACAACUACGGGCGAAUCAUCAGAGAUGAAGUUGUCAAGUCCAAGCAGUCAAAAGUCGUCGGCCAACGCACAGUCUUUGGUUGGAUUCUAUCAGAUCCAAUCAACUGCACCGGUUGUUCAGCGAGGAUCUCCCUAUCAGCUGUAAGAAUUUCCUCAAACGAACAACUUCUAGAACUUCUCCAGAAAUUUUGGGUCCAGGAAGAGUUACCAGUUCAGCAGUCAGAAAAUUCAGAGUUAUCACCAGACGAGCUGGAGUGUGAGAAACACUUCAGAUCUACACACAGCAGAAAUUCAACGGGACAGUACAUAGUGACGCUCCCGUUGAAAACCUCCACAGCAGCUCUCGGGAAGUCGAAAUUCAAGGCUUCGCGUCAGCUCAGAUCUAUAGUCAGCAAACUCACCAAUAAUCAGGCAUAUGCCCAGCUGUACAAGGAGUUCAUCAACGAGUACGAAACUUUGGCAGAACCCGUUCCAGUUUAUUAUCUUCCACACCACGGGGUUCUGAGAGCAGAUGCAAUCAUCACAAGGUUGAGAGUCGUCUUCAACGGCUCCAGCCCCACUUCAUCAGGAACGUCACUCAACGACAUUCUACAUGCAGGUGGAAAACUUCAGACCAACGCCAUGGACGUUCUAACAUGGAUGAGAAAGCACAGGCUUGUGUUUGGCACUGACAUAGUCAAGAUGUUCAGGCAAAUAGGAGUUCAUCAGGACGAUUGGGACCUGCAGAGAAUUUUGUGGGUUGACGACAACAAACACCAAAUCUCCUACCAGCUCACCACCGUCACCUACGGGCUCAAUUGCUCCCCAUGGCUGUCUCUGAGAGUUCUCCAGCAGUUAGCAGAGGACGAGGGUCCACGAUUUCCAGCAGCCGUCGAGACAAUCACCAGAGGUCGUUACGUAGACGACAUCUACGGCGGAGCAGACUCACCAGCAGAACUCAAGAAGAUAGUAUGGCAGUUACAAGGACUUUGCCAGGCAGGAGGCUUCCCUCUCCAGAAAUGGAGCAGUAAUUGCCCUCAGCUCUUGCAUGAGCUCGGCCUAUCAACAGAGGAAGAAGUCAUUCAGUUUGAAGAGUCCGUCACCAAGGUACUAGGUCUGUGUUGGCAUCAGUCGUCCGACACAUUCCAGUACAAAUCCAGAGACUUGAAAACAGAGACGAUCACCAAGAGAAUUGUCUCUUCAGAGAUAGCCCAGAUCUUCGAUCCUUUGGGAUUUAUUGCUCCAGUCGUCGUCCAGGGGAAAAUUCUCCUUCAGGAUCUCUGGAAACUCAAAUGCAGUUAG